UUUUAACUUCGGAAGCUCUGCGAAGACAAAUCGCAUGAGUGGCAAAAAAAUGUCAGUUCUAGAGACGAAGCAUUAUUAUGUUGGCAAAGUAUUCACCAUUCUCCUCGUGUUCUUCCUCGGCAAUGCGCACUGCAUAAGGUUUCCGGAUCGGGUUUCCCAACCGGGUCGCGAUCCACCCGAUCAACAGCGGUUGCAGGUAGCUGUCUUCGCUCUCGGAAGCUUCUGGAGAUCCGAAGCGGUAUUCGGGUGCAUACCGGGUGUUAUUCGGACCACCGUUGGCUACGCCGGUGGGUCCAAGUCCAAUCCCGAAUAUCGAAGCUUGGGUGACCACGCCGAGUCCGUUCAGGUUGAGUAUGAUCCGCAGCUUAUUAGUUUUAGGGAUCUCUUGGAUGUUUUUUGGUCAAGCCAUGAUCCUAGGCAAGUGUAUGGCCAAGGUCCUGAUGUGGGUAAUCAGUACAGAUCUAUUAUUUUUGUUAAUGGAACUGAAGAAUCAAGAAUGGCUGCUGUUGGGAAAGAACAGGAACAAACCAGGUCAAGAAGCAGCAUUGUGACGACUCAAAUUCUACAACUUGGAACAUUUUACCCUGCAGAACCAGAACACCAGAAAUUUGAACUCAAGCAAAAUACAUUCCUUCUUCAGUUGAUUGGCAACCUGCCUGAAGAGGAGCUGGAGAGGUCAAGCCUGGCAACAAAAUUGAAUGGAUAUGUAGCAGAGCUUUGCCCUCCAAAUAUCCAAAAGCAUAUUGAUGCCAAAAUCAACGAGAUUAUAAAAAAGGGUUGGCCCAUUUUGCGGGAGUUGUAGUUGGCCUAGGGGAGGUUGCUCAGAUUGUCCAUUUCUCAUUCUUUAUCUAACUUGCUUCACUUUCAGUACCUAUAGGUUUGGUUCAGUAGCUUGUACCGGCUGUAGGGCUCGAAAUAUUAAAAGGAGAAAAGAAUAUAUGGUGCAAGCCGAUUAAACUGUAGUACUGUAACUAUUGUAUUUGUAAUACUACUCGAGUUUCCUUCAUCCCCGGGAAAGAAGCCCUUUUUUUGGCACUUUUGUUCCCUUACUUUUUCCCUUUUGAUCGAUGACGGCAACAGAGAAACAAAUAAUUCCAGCUUGCUAUUUGUC